UCCGUUUCGCCAAGAGCAUGCCAACCACAGUUGUACGCAUUUUAGGCGGGGCCCCGGCUAAAACGGAUGAAUUUCCAUGGAUGGCUGCUUUGGGGCACUUGAACUCUGAACUGAAAGUGGAAUUCAAUUGCGGAGGAACUCUCAUUUCCAAUAAUUUCGUUCUAACCGCAGCACACUGUGUGAAGCAUUCUCUGCGAUUGGUGCUGGUGCGACUUGGAAAACAAAAUUUGACUGAUGGAACCGAAGCGGUAGAUCGAACUAUUGAGGAUAUUAUAACUCAUCCAGAUUAUUCGGCCAUGACCAAGUUGAAUGAUAUUGCAUUGAUUCGAAUCAAAGCGGUUAAAUUCGCAAAAAAUGUGAUACCAGCAUGUUUGCAAAUGGAUGUACGUGACAUGCCGUCCAACGAACCGCUCAUUGUGACUGGAUGGGGCAGUGUUUCGGCUGAACGAACCAACAAAUCAUCUACACUACUUAAAACGCAAUUGAAAACGAUGCCAAUUGCCGAAUGUAGUUCAACCCUGCUGAGCAAUCGAACAUCGAAUCUCUCCAGUUUGAAAAACAUAACAAACGGCCAAUACUGUGCAUUUGAUCCAAAUGCUCAAAAUGACAGUUGCCAAGGCGAUAGUGGUGGACCUCUUCAGACUUUUACAGAUGACUCAUCCAUUUCCACUGUUGUUGGAAUCGUUUCAUUUGGCAUUAGUUGUGGAACUGCAAUGCCAGCUGUAUACACCAGGGUUGCCUAUUACUUAGACUGGAUUGAAUCAAUCGUUUGGCCGAACACAGAAGUUUUUAAAUAACAUUGAAAUAUCAACUAGUUCACAUUGUAUGUCGAAAAAAUACUUUGAAUUUAAUAAUUGAAACACAAAAUUAAAAAAAAACAAUUGAGAAAUACAGACACUUUCGUAUUUUUUUCUAUUUUAAUGAAUUAGUCAAAUUUUGCGAAAAAAUAUCCAAUUUCAUCGGUAAAUGAAACCAUCAAAUCAUUUAAUUUUUCAUUUGGUCGACUCAAAUCGUCUGACCACAAUCAAAUCAAAGCUGUUGGUGCUUAUCUCCCAUUUCGUUGCAACAAAAAUCUUAUCACUUGACGUAAAUUCGGUUAAGCCUUUGCAUUUUUCUCUACAUUUGAUACGAAGUUGCCAAAUCCUGGAAAUCUUGAGCUUCCAUCGAGUUUGAAUGAAGAUACCAUUGAUGAUUCGUCCGUUGAAAUUCAUUUCCAAAAUGUUAAAAUCCUUGUAAUGAGCUGUGGAAUCCACAUAUCCACUGUGUGGAUUUGCUCCAUUUCUCAAUGUUACCUUUUAUCAAAUCAAGAAAAUUCAAUUGGACUGCACACGCGCUGUUUGGGAUCAAAGAUCAUGUUGACAAUAAUUUCUGGUCAAAUCGAUAAUACGGUAUUUUUGAAGCUUGCCAAUCGAC